AUGGUUUCGCUUCAAAAUGAAAGGAAACCUUUGAGAUGGUCCCUAGCGGCGCUUUUGAUCUUUGUGGGAGCAUUCGCUACCCUACUUUUUUCCAAUGAGCUGUGGCUAUUUUUGUUGCUGCGUUCUCGUCCGUCACCACUAGAAUACACCCAAUUGAAGCUUUCUGAAGAAGACAAAGAUGAAUUGGCAAGACUCGGAUUGACGCCAAAAGACCCCGUGGAGGUGAAAAAUCCUCUCACCGGAGAGAAGAGAACAAUGCAUGGAAGAUUCCUCCAUGUUACCGACUUCCAUCCCGACCCUUACUACAAGCCUGGUCUGUCAAUUGACAAAAUGUGCCAUGGCGGUAAAGGUGACGCUAGCAAAUACGGUGAUGCUAUUCUUGGCUGUGAUUCUCCUUUAGAUUUGGUCCUCGACACCAUAGACUGGAUUGAGGACAACUUGAAGGACAAGAUUGACUUCAUCGUGUGGACUGGUGACAAUGUUCGUCACGACAACGAUAGAGACUAUCCUAGAUUCGAGAAAGACAUUUUUGAUUCAAAUGAGAAGAUUUCAAAAAUCAUGCAUGAGAAGUUCGACAUCUUGCCUAUUCCCUCUCUCGGAAACAACGAUGUCUACCCCCACAAUUUGUUCGCUGAGGGCCCCACCCUCCAAACAAGAGAAUUUUACAAGAUCUGGAGACCAUUUGUUCCUCCUCCCCAGCUUCAUCUAUUCAACAAGGGCGCCUACUUCUUUCAGGAGGUCAUUCCUGGUCAGUUGGCUGUCCUUUCCAUCAACACUCUUUACUUGUAUAAAUCAAAUCCACUCGUGGACAGCUGUGACAAAAAGAAGGAUCCAGGUUACAAGAUCUUCAAGUGGUUGGGCUUUGUCUUGAAAGAGAUGCGGAGAAGAGGAAUGAAGGUUUGGCUCACUGGCCACGUUCCUCCUACACCCAAAAACUACGACAUCUCAUGUCUUCGUAAAUACAUCAUGUGGACUCAUGAGUACAGAGAUGUGAUCAUUGGGGGCUUGUACGGUCACAUGAACAUUGAUCACUGGGUCCCAUUGGAUGCUAAGAUGGCCUAUGAUUCCUUCGAUUCAAAAUUCAAAACUUUGAUGAGACAGAGCGAGUUCAACACAUUCGAAGACGAUGAAGAGGAUGGAAUCACCCUCGAGAAGGUUUACGACGCACUCAAUUCUUCUAUUCCUCACGACUCAGUCGAGGAAGCACCAGCUUUCGUUGACUUUGCAAGAGAUAUUCACGUGGAGGCAGGUGUACCAAAAAAUAAGGUCAAUUAUAUGAACACCGUCAGGGAAACGAUGUAUGCGGACAUCAAGCGUGCUAAGAAAUGUGGUAAGCUUUCUGAAAGAUACGCUGUCGCACAUGUCACUGCUAGUGUUGUACCAACAUUCAACCCGGGAUUGAGAGUCUGGGAGUACAAUAUCACGGACUUGCAUAAUGUGAAGGCCAAUGAUUUCGGGUCUUGGGAUUCAUUCUUCACUCAAAUUGACGUUUUGCUCGAGAAGGAUGAUGGUGCCGACUAUCACGACCAAUUCGCAACUUUUAGUGAUAAGGUUGAUGCAUUCAAAAAGGACAAGACCAUACCGCCAAAGAUGCCAAAGAAUUUGCCGUUAGGUCCCGCUUAUGACAAACAGCUUUUCACGCCUGAGCGUUAUGUCCAAUACUACCUCGACUUGAAGGGAAUUAAUGAAGGGAAGAAGAAGUUUGAGUAUGAAUUUGAAUACUCUACCGACAAGUAUGACAUGAAAGACCUUACCGUCAGUGAAUGGCUUGAUCUCGGAAGAAGACUAGGUGCUCCAGUGAAACAGGACAGCAAAGAAGUUACUGGAAUAGAGUCAAAAAAGAAGGACAAGAAGUUAGAGGUGCUCUGGAAGCAGUUUCUCAAGCACACUUUCGUUGACUCAAACUACGAGAACCUUGACUACGGUAUUACUGGUUGA